UGUACGCUGGUCUUACCAAGCACGACGUAUUUUUAAACUAUUAAGAUAUAUUAAUUUUAAACACAUCGUUUGGUUUUUUCCGACAUUAUUAAUCAUUUUCUUCGUUUUAUCGAACCAUAUUAUUUUACUAACAUAUCAUAACACCAUGGCGUCAAUAACUGUUAUGUUCAUAAUAACAAUAAUCGCUUUUACAAUUCGUGGAGCAGAAAUAACAACAACCGAAAAAGAUUUGACAACAACCAGCCCAGGAAUCUUGUAUAGGUGCCCAGCCCUUGUUUCUACCGAAUAUCAGGUAACACUAGUAAAUUCGGAUACCGUGUCGACGACGGGUUGUGCAUACUUAAUGUACACAGAAGGCUAUGUAAUUGAACAGUCGUACAUGGUGUGGAUUGGCACAGAAGAAUAUGAAGGGGAAGAUUGCCACGAUUUAAGGAUGAAGUAUUAUAGUUUUAGCUGUUUGACAAAAAAUCUCGUGUUGACAAAAGACAGAUACGAGGGACUGAUGUUAUUAAGAAUAUACGGAAACGAUUACAACAAGACUGGGACACCAGCUUACAAAUGUGCAUUGUACGAGGAACUCUCUGCAAACCGUUCUUCAUUCCGGUUUGCGAUUAGCCAGAACGCUUCUUGUAAAGGAUUAUUAGAUGUUCUUUACCCGCCACCAAAUACGAUGUUUACCGAGUUUAAUACAGGGGCCACAUUGAUAACGUUUAAUAGUAAACAAGCUAAUGCAGUUAAUAACGUAAGGAAACGACGACAUGCUUUAUCUGAUAUAAUUGGUGGAGACCGUGGACAUGGUUCAGUCAUGUUGUUCCAAAGUUCGCAGUCAAAUUUGAAUGGGAAAGAUGAUAGCACAAAUACCUCCACAACAACUGAUGAUAAAAAUAUGUUACGUCAAUCAUUGAAACUCGAGAACAUCAACUAGUGCUGCUACUGCAUGUGCUGCACAUGCAAAUAAAACGUAGGCGCUCAGCAUUAAAUAUUUAUACUCAACAUUAAUCAUUUUACCAUGUACCUACAUUAUAAUGAAACCGUUUCUAUAAAGCCACUUAACCUAUAAGGCCAAAUUAUGAAAUUAUUUAAUAAUAGUAAUUAGCUAAAUUUUGUUUUAAGUAUCCGUUGCAAUUAACA